AUGGGUCAAGACCUGGUUUUAGAGGCUCAAGUGAGAGUAACAGACCCAAAUCUGAAAACGAAGGGUUGGGAUAAUGUGACGGUCCAAACGUUAACAUUGAAUCGCGAAAGGUGUUUGAACAGGGAACUAGUUGAUUCGUUUUUCAGAGUGUUACGUCACAAUAGUGACGAUGUGAUACGACAGAAACUAAACAAUACUAAAGAGAAAAAUGAGAAAGCUGUGAAAUUGAGAUGUAAAGAAUUUGUGGCUCAGGAUCUGUACCCGAGCUGGGAUCUACGAUUGCGUGCGAUUGAUUUCUGCGGGCGUGAAGCUUCGUCUUUGAAGCGUGAACUGGACGAAAGAUAUGCGAGCGAUGCGUCCCAGCGCCCCAUUUUAGAGGCGCGCAUGGAUCCAUAUGCGGCUGCAGAAAGUGUUGCAUCCAAGGAAGCUCAUUUUCAGCAGUGGCGUGAGCUCACGCGCUGGAUCGACAACCAACGGAGAAUCGAACAAAUCUUGCAACGCACGGGAUCCGGCGUUCUUGCCAGGGCCUGUGAUCCAGACACCUCCUACAUUGACGAUUUUGAAAAUUUUAGGAAAUCCAUCAGAUGA